UUAUGAAAUUUUUAUUUCAUAGGCUUUCAACCCUUUUGCGAAAGAACAAGUAUCCAAUAUUUCCUAACAAGGAUAAAAACACAGAUAAAAUUAUCUCUAAUGACGUGAAUGGUCGUCAUUAUAAGUGUUUUCAAGAGUGAUUUUGGAAAAAGGAAGAAAAAAAAAGAAAGAAAUGAAAUGAGCUUUGACUUUGGUCCAGCGAAAAACUCAUAGAAACACACGGGAUGUCCCACUGGACUGAGGAGAAAGGACGACGUUGAAAUUAGGGAGACAGAGAUCUGAAGGAAGCCGCUGUCUGUGGUGAUGGAAGGUGGCUCCUCAGACCAGGAAUCAGUUGGGUCUGGGACAAAAAGGUCCACUGUAUCAUCUGGUAGUAAAUCUCGUAGUCACAAGGAAUUUUUCUACAAAUUUACUGAUUGUGAAAUUUUUACUGCAAAUCUUGAAGACUGGUUUCAAUCAAUAUAUGAGAAAUCAGCACCGAACAGGCCUGCCUUUGAUGUACCUUUUGAGUUGAUAGAGGUUCAAAAAUUUGACUAUGCAUUGGAAGGGGUUUCAUUCCAACAGCUUAUUCGGAUGCCAAAUGCUGUUUAUGCUUCAACAUCUGAUGCUGCUGAAGGAACUGCUUAUCUUGCUGUUGAAGAUUUUUUACAUGCAACUGUGAAGGGCUUGUGGGAGGCAUUUUGGAGUCAGGAUGACCCAAUGCCUUUCUCCGUUGCUUGCCUUUACAAAGAUAAUUUAAAAUUUUACCAGGCAGAGAAGGCAAUAGCUAGUGGGAAGCUUAGAAGUUUAUGUGCUACUGGUGUAUUGCUUAAGAACCCUAGACAUCCCCAUGGAAAGUGGGACAAUCUUCUCGAACUGGCUCUUUUGAGGCCUGAUAUCCAAAGCCUUGCCAUGGAAAGCAAUCAACAGCCUUCUCUGCGUGUUCUAGGUGAGGCUCUUUUUUAUGCAUUGCACAUGCUUAUAUCAAGAAGCUUAAGUAGACAGAAUUAUCCCCUGGGUUCAAAUGCUGUCUUUGUUCUUCUUGUUGAUUCUCAAUAUGGUGGGGUUGUGAAAGUUGAAGGAGAUGUAAAUAAAAUGGAUUUUGAUGUGAAUAAUGUCUAUGAGUGUGCUGCUGAGUGGAUAAAAAGGCAUGCCAAAAUCGCUGUAUCUCCAGUUGAUAGGAUCUGGAACAAGCUUGGGAAUGCCAAUUGGGGAGAUAUUGGUGCUUUGCAGGUAACUUUUGCAACCUUUUACUGUAUUAUGCAGUUUGCUGGCCUGCCUAAGCUCUCCAUUGAAGAUUUAGCUGCUGACCAUGGUUCUCGUCUCCAAACCAGGAGAGUGGAGAGGCAAUUAGGGCAUACUAGACUGAAUGGGAGUGGUUUAUUUAGGUUCAAGCAGCAUGGUGUUUCUCCUGAAAUUGUCGAAGUUCAGGGUGAACCUGACAAAAUUGAGUCUGAGGAUUCACUGAAGCUGGAAGUAGGAUCAGUAUUAUGGUUGGAGGAUUCAAACUGGGAAAGAGGUUAUCAGAUUAACCAAGUCAGGAGUAAUGGUGAGCUUCCUUAUUACAUUGCAUCGCCAGUUGAAGACCCAGGAAAGUCCCUCUUUCUCUAUGUGGGUUCACAUCCUUCUCUGCUGGAACCGGCAUGGGAAGAUAUGAAUUUGUGGUAUCAAGUUCAGAGACAAACCAAAGUAUUGACUAUCAUGAAACAGAAAGGCCUGUCUAGCAAGUAUCUGCCCCAAUUGAGUGCAUCUGGAAGGAUCAUUCAUCCUGGUCAGUGUCGGAGACCCAGUUCAGGUGGAAACUGUGAUCACCCUUGGUGUGGCACCCCAAUUCUUGUCACCAUCCCAGUUGGUGAAACAGUUGCUGAUAUGGUUAAAGAAGGUCGCUUUGGUGUGGAUGAGGCUAUCAGGUGUUGUCAUGACUGUUUAUCUGCGCUUUCUACUGCCUCUUCAGAUGGCAUUAGGCAUGGAGACAUUCAGCCUGAAAAUGUGAUUUGUGUAAGGUCUGGUGAAAGGCAUCCUUAUUUUGUCCUAAUUGGUUGGGGACAUGCUAUUUUGGAAGAUAAGGACCGCCCUGCAAUGAACCUUCAUUUUUCAUCUACUUAUGCUCUACAGGAGGGAAAGUUGUGCUCAGCAUCAGAUGCUGAAAGCCUAGUUUACAUGCUUUAUUUUGCAUGUGGAGGUGCUUUGCCUGGUCUUGAUUCUGUUGAAGGGGCACUACAGUGGAGAGAGAGCACAUGGUCUAGGAGACUGAUUCAGCAGAAAUUGGGUGAUGUCUCAACGGUAUUGAAAGCAUUUGCUGAUUAUGUUGAUAGUUUGUGUGGAACGCCUUAUCCUAUGGAUUAUGACAUAUGGUUAAGAAGGUUGAAGAGAAGUAUUCAUGAUGAAGAUCAUGGGAAGGAAAUUGACGAAUCUACCUAGGUUUAUGUCAUAAAGCCAAUUUGGCUGGAUUAAUCAACUCGAUUAUCUUGAUGAUUAGUGCAUGCUAACCGUGACAGUAUUUUGCUGGAAAUCCCUGAUACUUAAAAGACAAUUGUUGAACUCAUGGGAUACUCAGAGUUUCAUCUCCUGGGGCUGGACUAUUCAAAAUUUUGGCAAUGGUUGCAAUUCUCCCAUGGUCCAGUUCAUAUACAGUUGCUAUAUCUUCAGUUGGCAAUGGAGUUUCUCGGUUUAUGAAAAAAUGAAGCAUGCCGAUGAGUAUUAUCGAGAACGUGUUCUUGUAGCGUGGUCAUGGAGUGGGUUUGGAGGAUCAUCUGGAUUUGUUUGGACGGAGUACCCACAUUCUGUAGAGGAUAUGAAAGAUCUUUUUUUUUUUUAAUUAACUUUUCUCAUUUACUUGUAAAGAUACAAGCAAUCUGGAACAGGUGUGAUGUUGGACAUGAUGACAGAAAAAUGUAAGGGCAUCAACCUUCACUGUAAAUGAAUCGUGAGGCAGCGCUAAAGGGGUUUCUGAUUUCGAUUCAUGUGUUGCAGUGAGCUGUCACAUCUUUUUUGAUUGUCCGAGUCUUUGUUUUGCAAUCCUAUUGUUUUUGUAUCUCUCUCUUCAAUUUUCUACCUUUCUAGGCCAAUCUUUUGCAUAUUCAUUACAAAAUUUAUGACUAUUUAGAUCUUGAUAGAUGCAUACCUGAAAAUAGAUCAAGAAAAUUUGUCAUGCGAAUGAACCUUUAUUCCUUCUCUCUCUUUCUUGAAUUGAAAUUUGACUUGGCGGUUCUGUCGCUCAAGGCUUCCCUGCUUUAGUUGGCUUUAUUUUAAUUAAUUAAAAUUUACAAACUGUAUUUAAUAUCUAAUAUCUAUACAUAUUAUUAAAGUUAUCUAGCUCCCAAAUUUUGAAGCCAGGUCAGUAUUUCCAUUAAAAAUGAU